AUGGAGUCUUAUUCCGGUCACAUUCUCGGUCAGUAUCAGAGGAUGUCACUUGCAUACGAAGUGUUGGGCGAUGAGCAGAAAAGGAAGAGGUACGAUUCGGGUGCUUGGGGCUUCGAUGAGCAACAGCAGUAUGCACAGAAUUUUGAUUUCGAUUCGUUCUUGCGCGAUUUUCAAGAAAGUAAGUGGCCUUGA